GUCAAAAAACACUUAAAUGCCCCAUUCAAAAUUUGUUGGAAAAACUUAAAUGCAUAUCCCCGCAGCUCAAAGUCUAGGGUGGGUGAGCUCGGCCUACACCCUAGUUCGGGAAGGAGGAGCGUUUUGUCUUUGAUAUGGAGGCGGAACCCGCGGAGUGUAAUGGGUCCGUGAAGCUGGAAAAAUCGCCAAGUGAUGAUUUGAUCACUCACAAGAGGCGGAGGGACGAUGGGUCUAGUGCGGAAGCUACUAAGGUUUUGGAAAGACCUGGUAGAAAUAGGGAUAUUGGGUGGAACCAUUGUGUCAAAGUUGGAGAAGGGAAUUGGAAGCACUUGAGGUGUAACUGGUGUGACUUUAGUACAGGUACGAUAACUAAUAUUAAGUAUCAUCUUAUUCAUCGUUGGCCAACAGCAAAGUGCCCAAAUGUUCCAACUAAAGUUUCGAAGUCCAUAAUUGAUCAAAUGUAUGAGAAGAGAAUGUGCAAGAACAAGAGGCUAGCACAAAACCGUAGAUUUGAUGGAAAAGAGAUGAGUAGUCCUUGUAAAGAUGAUAUAGUUCAUGUGAAUUCCACAAAAAGCGACAAGGAGAUUCAGGUGGAAAGUUCUGGUAUAUUCAAUCCGAAAGCAGAUAAGCAAUUUGAGAACACUAAAGCAGCUACUAAAUCAUCGGAGAGUGCUGAUCAUCGUUUAGGGACUACUUUCCAGCUACCUAAGACUGACAUGACUAAGCUGGAAAUAAUUGGCCCUGCUGAGACUGUUUCAUUUACUGAUUCUGAUCCAGAAAGACAUGACAGGAUAUAUCGUCGUUGGAAAAGUGCAAUAGAAUGCCUGCUCAAGCUAUCCUAUUUGAUCCCAGGUCAAGGUAUCUGGAAUACCCUCCAUGCUGCAUUAUCCUUGGAUCAUUCUCAACUAUCACAUAAGUUGAUGAUGAAUGAAGUUAUCAUGGACAAUGAACGGCUAAAGGACAUUCAGUUAGGGGAUUCAGAACUAAAGUUUCAAUCUCAGAAGCUCAAUUCUUUGUCAGCUAAUGAACAAAUAGUUUUGGAAUCCACCGCUAGCUAUCAUAAAGAAGAUACUAACACUAGAAAGUGCGAAAAGGCUUUCCUUGAGAUUUUGGUUUCAAGAAAAUUUGCUCUGUUGUGUGAUUUUCUUUUGGGAAUCUUUGAUGAGAACAUAACCAAAUCUUUUUUAGACUUUAGCAUGAUUGAUUCAAAAUUGAAAAGUGGUGCUUAUGAGCAGUCAGCAGAGUUGUUUAACCAGGAUGUUGAGCAGAUAUGGAACAAAGUGCAAAAAAUUGGUGAAAAGAUGACUACUUUAGCUUCAAACUUGUCCUCUUGUCAUAAACAGGAGACAGGUCAAGUAGGUGUUAUACGGAAGAAUUCCAUUGUACCUCGAGCUACAAAACAGUUUUCUGUUGGACCAGAUUUUUCCACAAAACCGGAUCGUAUGGAGGUGUCUAAUCCAAAUUGCGCAUCUAUUUGUAAUAAGUGUCGGACUGAAGCAAAUGGGGGUAACAGUAUUGCUUGUGGUGGUAACAGUUUCAGUUGUGGGGGUAACAGCGUUAGAGAGAUACCUAAUCAAAGCUGUCACUGUGCUGUCUGUCCAUCAACUGAUAAAGAUUCUGAUCCAGUCUGCAAAGAUAAUAAGAAAGAAUUUUAUAAAGUUUCUGUGACAGAAGAAGACCUCGAUGAGAAUGGAUGUGGGAUCAAGGCAGCUACCAAUUCUGGAGAGACUUUAGUUUCCUGUAUGGAGUCUGCAGAUCUGGUUGAACCAUCCCAAACUGUUAAUUCACGCUUGUGCAAGAUAUGCAGGACAUGUGAGGCUGAAGAUCGGAAGUUCUUGGUAUGCGGUCAUACUCGCUGCCCUUACAAAUUCUAUCACAUCAGAUGCCUAAGAACUAGUCAGAUUGCUAGUGUUGAGCAACAAAACCGACCAUGUUGGUAUUGCCCAUCCUGUUUAUGCAGAGGUUGUCUCUGUGAUAGGAAUGACAACUGGAUUGUCUUGUGUGAUGGGUGUGAUGAGGCCUACCACACUCACUGCAUGAAACCACCUCGUGCAGUGGUGCCCAAGGGGCAAUGGUAUUGUCUUCCCUGCAAUAUUGCGAGAGCAAGGGACGGAAUGAGAAGAUCUGAGGAGUUGAUAUUGCAGCAACAUAAGAACGAAGGUGAGCAGUCUAGUGAGGCUAUUUGGCCGAUGGAUUUGCUACUCAGUGCUGCUGAAAAGUUCUUGGAAGAUGAAUUGACUUUAAAGCGGUAAUGUCGGCUGUAAUAAAAAUUGCACGGGAUAUAUCAUCCUACAUUGCUUGGCUCUGUAUUGUCGUGCCCAUCUUGUAACACUGGCAUAGGAAUAGAGCUAAGCAAAGUUCAGAUGCUUUAGCAUUAAAAGGUUACAAACACUUGCACAUAAGUGAUUAAGCAAGAUCAGUUACUGAAUCUUAGAAUGUCAGAAUGCACAAAAAAUGUAGUCGACUAUAAUAUCAGUUGUGUAUUUUUUGUGCCCAUUGUGUAACACUGGCAUAAGAGUACCUAAGCAAAGUUCAGUUACUGAAUCUUAGCAUGUCAGUAGCCUGCACAAAAAAAAUGUAGUUAAGGAAUCUGAAAUUGAAAAUGUUGAUUCCUGUGUAUUAUUUUCACUAAUUCCUGAAGACAUUAUUCAGAACUUAUCAUUGUCACUUGCUAAAUCUUCAGAAAGGGACAACUUUAUCCAAGGUAAAUUAUGAAAAAUGUCGAGGAGAACGGCAUUAAAGUUGUUUGA